UGUUUUCUCUUCCCUCCCCCCACCAUCCUGUUCCGCGUCCCCCUCCCUUCCCUCCUCUCUGGCGGCCGCGGCGACUCAGAGAUAAUGCCGGAUCCUGUGGUGGAGAAAGUGGUGGUUCACCCGCUGGUGUUGCUGAGCGUCGUGGAUCAUUUUAACAGAAUAGGAAAAGUUGGAAAUCAAAAACGAGUAGUUGGAGUGUUGCUGGGUUCCUGGCACAAAAAGGUACUUGAUGUUUCAAACAGUUUUGCAGUUCCAUUUGAUGAAGAUGAGAAAGAUGAUUCAGUUUGGUUCCUAGAUCAUGAUUACUUGGAAAAUAUGUAUGGGAUGUUCAAGAAAGUGAAUGCCAGGGAAAGGAUCGUUGGAUGGUACCACACUGGACCCAAGUUACACAAAAAUGACAUUGCUAUCAAUGAACUGAUGAAACGAUACUGUCCUAAUUCUGUUUUGGUCAUCAUUGAUGUCAAGCCUAAAGAUCUGGGGCUGCCAACAGAGGCUUAUAUUUCAGUAGAAGAAGUUCAUGAUGAUGGCACUCCAACUUCCAAAACAUUCGAACAUGUGACGAGCGAAAUAGGAGCAGAGGAAGCAGAAGAAGUUGGAGUGGAGCACUUGCUACGAGAUAUUAAGGACACUACUGUGGGUACACUGUCACAGAGAAUCACAAACCAAGUGCAUGGCCUCAAAGGACUAAACUCAAAAAUUUUAGAGAUAAGGAAUUACUUAGAGAAAGUGGCCACAGGAAAGUUGCCCAUCAACCAUCAAAUUAUCUACCAGCUGCAGGAUGUCUUCAACCUACUGCCUGAUGUUAAUCUGCAGGAGUUUGUGAAAGCCUUUUACCUGAAGACAAAUGAUCAGAUGUUGGUGGUAUAUCUUGCAUCCCUUAUUCGAUCCGUAGUUGCUCUACACAACUUAAUCAACAAUAAAAUUGCCAACAGAGAUGCAGAAAAGAAGGAAGGGCAAGAUAAGGAAGAGGGAAAGAAAGAGAAGAAAGAUGACAAAGAAAAAUGUGAAACUAAGAAGGAAGAGAAGAAAGACAGAAAAUAAAUUGUGUAGUGCUUUUUUAAAAAAAAAAUAGAACUUCAACUUGAAUACUCGGUAUCGAGUGGGAAUGUUAAUACUUCGGCUUUCUCUAAUAAAAGGGCCAAAAUUUACAGCCAUUGUGUUUGCAUGGGACAGUUUCUGUAUCUGUACAAUGUACAUGUUCAAUCUUCAAACAUCAUAAAUAUUGCUUUACUAA